AUGGCGCUGUGCGGCCGCUCCGCGCUCCUCCCGCCGGCCCCGCGCCCCUCGCCGCGCCGCCCCCGGGCCGCCGAGGCCUUCGUCAGCUGCAGCCGCCUUCGAAACAUUCAGAGUAUCCUGACACAGAGCAGCAAAUCUCAACCUGAUGGAAUCCUUUGCAUUUUAGGAAUAGAUAGUCGAUACAAUGAAGGUUGCAGGGAACUGGCAAACUAUCUGCUUUUUGGCUUGUAUAACCAGAGUAACAACGACUUUGAAAGAUCUGGGUUUCCUGAAGAAGUUCUGGAUGAUAUAAUCAUAUUAAUAAAACCUGACAGUGUCCAUCUGUACUGUAACCCUGUGAAUUAUAAUCAUCUUUUGCCGUAUGUGGCAUACUGGAGAAACUUGCAUUUUCACUGUCUAACAGAAAAUGAGUAUGAAGAUGAGGAAGCUGCAGAGGAAUUCAAAAUUUCCAGCUUUGUAGAUAUGGUUCGAGAUUGCAGUCGCAUUGGUAUUCCAUACAGCUGCCAAGGUCAUCUACAGAUAUUUGAUAUGUUCAUUGUUGAAAAGUGGCCAAUAGUGCAGGCUUUUGCACUGGAAGGAAUUGGGGGUGAUGGCUUCUUUACAAUGAAAUAUGAAUUAAUGGAUGUCAGUGUUGAUUUGUGGAAGACAUACAGCAAAAUGGAUCCUGUUUCCUUGGAGGACUUGCUCUUUGAGGAUUUAAUGAUUUUUGAACACCAGUGGACCAACUUUUUUGCUAAUUUUGAUACUGAAAUUCCCUUCAUUCUGGAACUAUCAGAAUCUCAGGCGGGAGAGCCUUUUAGAAGCUAUUUCAGUCACGGAAUGAUCUCAAGCCAUAUAACAGAUAACAGCCCUAGCCGGCAGCCCUUCGCUCUGUUUGGUUGCCACUCAACUAAGGAAAACUUGAACUCGGGUAACUUUAAUUUUCCAUCAGAAGGACAUCUUGUUCGAAACACCGGCCUUGGUGGAAGCACUGCUAAGCAUAUGGUAGUGCAGUGUGUAUCUCCAAAGGGACCUCUGGCUUGUUCAAGGACCUACUUUUUUGGAACCACUCACGUUCCUUUCCUGGGAAAUGACAAUGAGAUGCACAAGCAAGCUGAACAAGUUACGCUGUUGUCGCAAAUAUAUACUGCUGUUGUAGAGGCUGUGCUUGCUGGCAUUGAGUGCUAUGCUAAAACUUCCACUGAAUCCAAGGCAAAGGAGGUAGCAGAGCAGAUGCUCAUGUCUGUAUUAGAUACCCUUCAUUUAACACAACUUAAAACUGCAUUACGCUCCAAAAUUGCUUUUCAAAUUCAGGCUGUGAAUAAUCAUGGAAGAAUUACUCCAUUAGAUAAUGAGGAUAGCCUGAGUUUGAUUAAAACGGCAUCUAUGAUGGUAUUUGACAUUCCAGACUUGCUCACAGGAAGAGGAGGAUGCUUGGGAUCUGUUGUCUUUUCAGAGUCCUUUCUAACAUCACAGAUACAAGUAAAAGAAAAAGAUGGCAGCAUUAAUUCGGAAACCAGCCACAUAAUACUGACUGCAGCUAUCCCAAGAUACGCUUCUUGGCUGGUUGAAGAUAGUGAUGUGAAACUGUCUGAAAAGGCACAGCAUAUAUUGAAGGAAGACAAAUCUUUCCUGGGCACUUUACUCACUGGAGGUGAUGGAGCGUAUAUUUAUUCUAGCAAUCCACAGGCUGUCCCUGCGGAAGGCAAAUUGUACUUCUUUUCAGAUGGCAUUCUCUUUUCUGAUCCCCACCAUGGCAGCAUUUCCAUUUCAAAGAACCACAUGAGUUCCAUUUCUCUCUAUGAUGGGGAUUCAACCAGUAUUGUUGCUGCUCUCUUUAUAGACAUCAAAAGUUCCUUGCUUGCUCAUCUACCAAUUGAAUUCCAUACCCGAGACAACUUUUUGAUGAUUGCACUUUUCCCCAAAACAAAGAUUUAUAAAGCUUUUUAUUCACAGGUUUUCUCUUCUUGGCAAAACCAGACAAACUCAGGAUUAUCUUUAAGGGUUGUCCAGGAGGAAUUCCUGUCUGUGGAACAAAAGAGACUGCAUUCCAGUGUUCAGAAGCUAUUUAAUGCCUUGUCUUUUCCUUCUGGGGAAAGAUGCAGGGAGCUGAAAAUAUCUGCUACCCUGCCAGAAUUAGAGAGGUUUGUGCAACAUUUUACUGUCAGCAGCGUCAGUCACGAGCCAGUAAUGAGAGCACAUCUUCCUAUUUUAUUGCAACAGUCAGAAAUAAUUCCUGAUAGCAAAGCAGAAAGUGAUAAGGUGGUUAUCACCAUUAUAACUGGUCUUCCAGGAUGUCGCUGCAGCGAUCUGUGCUCUUUUCUUGUAACUUUUAACAAGGAAUAUGGAAGGUGGAUAGUUUAUCGGCAAACUAUGGAUAGCCCGGAAUGUUUCAGUGCAGCCCACUUCCAGCGUUACCUCUCCAGUGUCCUGGAGGCUCAGCAAAACCACAGCGUCCGUCAGUCCACUUACACUAAAAAGAACAAGCGUCUCUUAGUGGUCUUGCAAGGAUAUACUGAUGUUAUUGAUGUUGUACAGGCUCUGCAAACUCAUCCUGACCCAGAUGUGAAGUCGUCUUUCAUCAUUGGAGCAGUUAAUACUUGUGUAGAGCCACUGAGUUGCUAUAUGGAACAUAGGCUUCUUUUUCCGAAGUUCUUGGACCAGUGUUCACAAGGACUAGUGAGUAACGUGGUUUUCACAAGUCAUGCUACGGAGCAGAAGCAUCCACUCCUUAUGCAACUGCAGAGCCUUAUCCGAGCGGCAAAUCCUGCUGUUUCGUUCAUCUUGGCAGAAAAUGGAGUUGUAACUAGGAAUGAGGAUAUUGAAUUAAUUCUCUCAGAAAGCAGUUUUUCAAAUCCUCAGAUGAUGAGAGCUCGAUAUUUAAUGUAUCCUGGCUGGUAUGAAGGUAAAUACAGAGCUGGGUCUGUCUUCCCUCCGAUGGUUCAGAUCUGUGUAUGGUUUAAUCGUCCUCUGGAAAAAACACGAUUUGUGACCAAAUGUAAAGCGAUUAAGUCAUUGCUCAAGCCAAGUCCUUUUUCUGGAAACAUUUAUCACAUCAUGGGCAAAGUUAAGUUUUCAGAUUCUGAUAAAGUAAUUGAGGUCUGUCACAACACAUCAUCGAAUUCACUAAGCCUUGUGCCUGUUCAGGAGGGGCCAACUCCUCCUGAUUCAAGAAGCGAUAACAGAGAUUGCGGCAGUCAACAGGAGUGCUUCCUUGUGUUCGUUGGCUGCUCUCUUAAGGAAGAGGAUAUAAAAGACUGGCUCAGAGAAACUGCAAAACAGAAACCUCAGAGGAAAGCCCUGAAAACCAGAGGAAUGCUAACCCUUCAGGAAAUAAAGAACAUUCAUGUGAAACGCCACUUGGAUCCGCUUCCAGCUGGUUAUUUUUACAACGGGACUCAAUUUGUGAAUUUUUUUGGUGACAAAAUGGAUUACCAUCCAUUAAUGGACCAAUUCAUGAACGAUUACUUGGAAGAAGCCAACAGGGAAAUAGAGAAGUACAACAGAGAACUAGAAGAACAAGAGUAUCAUGAUCUCUUUGAGCAGAAGACAUAAGCACGUCCGUCCUGUGUAUUUCUGAACCACCUACUGUCAGUAACCAAAAAUGCUGUUGUCCUUGCUGGUUAACUAGAAAAUUAAGUGAAUUGUCAGUUUUCAGCACUCCUUUUAAAACUAAGAGAUCAUUCCUGUAAGGUUGGCAUUUUAAUAUGGUAACUGCUUAGCUUUUUGUACUGUCAGGUUUGCUUCCACUUCACCUUAAUUCCAGACUGUAAAAAGCAUCACCUGGAAUCUCUGGCUAGUAGUGGAAACUUAUUUAAAAGCAGAAGAAGAAAAGAAGCAAAACUGUAUUUCCUGGUAGGUCAGAAUGUAAUCGUGGAAUUGGUCUGUCGUGCAGAUAAUCAAACCGCUUUAAUCUCUGGGUGUCCCUUGAAACUUGUUGCGCGGGAGCAUUGAUGAGCAGUGGUAUACUUCAGUAUGUGGGAUUGGGGGGUGUUCCCAAAGCGAGAAAUGGGGGAACAUUUCAAAAACUCAGAAGAGUACCUAAUCCUACAGCUGUUAGGGUGUUCCCAAAGCGAGAAAUGGGGGAACAAUUAAAAAACUCGGAAGAGUACCUGAUCCUAAAACUGUUAGGGUGUUCCCAAAGCGAGAAAUGGGGGAACAAUUAAAAAACUUGGAAGAGAACCUAAUCCUAUACCUUUCAGGGUGUUCCCAAAGCGAGAAAUGGGGGAACAAUUAAAAAACUCGGAAGAGUACCUAAUCCUAAAACUGUUAGGGUGUUCCCAAAGCGAGAAAUGGGGGAACAAUUAAAAAACUCGGAAGAGAACCUAAUCCUAUACCUUUUAGGGUGUUCCCAAAGCGAGAAAUGGGGGAACACUUGAAAAAAUCAGAAGAGAACCUAAUCCUAUACCUGUUAGGGUGUUCCCAAAGCGAGAAAUGGGGGAACAUUUCAAAAGCUCAGAAGAGGACCUGUUCCUACAGCUGUUAGGUUGUUCCCAAAGCGAGAAAUGGGGGAACACUUCAGCAUCGGCUUUUUUUUCUGAGAGGACGGCAUGUCUCAUAACUUCUGCAGUCGAAAUUUUGACUUUUCUAAAGAGAUGAUGUUCAUACAUUUCAGGGUGAAACGAAAUAAGUGGAGAUAUCUUGCUUGCUUCCUAGUGUUGUUAUUGGUGUUCUAGAAAAUGCGACAUGAAUGGCAGUAAUCUGCAACUUGCUGUUGCUUAGAAGAUUAUCUCUGAAAGAUUCUUAUUUCAGUACUGAAAACUAAGCAAAGCAAGAGAAGAGGGAGAUUCUUUAGCUAAAGGAUUCCUUUUCAUAAAAAUGACCUAUUUCCAAAGGUAAAAAAUAUCAAAAGAUACACUUGAAAUAUGAAACAACUUGUUUGUGAAGCUUUCAGAAGAAUUUGCACGCCGUAACACUUCACUAAACUGAUACACCAGGUUUUAAAUACUUGCAACAAAACCUUUAUAGUUACUAAAUGAUACCGUAAUAGGAAUUCUGGCAACUUGUCCUUUAACUUAAUUUAGUACAAUUUUAAGUGAGACUUCAUAGAUCACUGAAGGAUUAUAAGGUACCCUAGCAGCUACUUUAAGGUAGUUAUUGAAGCUUAUUUGAAUAAGCAAAUUAUUGUAGCAUGCCGUGUGUUCAGAAUUUAGUCAAGUGAAAACAGUCCAAGAGGAAUUUUUUAUUUUCAUAUUCCUUUGCCUUAGGAACAGCUCAAUCUUUUAAUACAAGUGCAACUUUUUUUUUGUCAGAGGUAUGUAAUGCCUCUUAUAUACACUUACAAUACUUACAACAUGUCCACGCAGUCUCUUUCUGUGGCAGGAAAAUGAGAUUUAACUCCUACCAUCAAACCUAAGGCUACAUAGAGUUUUAUGCCUUACUUAAGGAAUAUAUUUUUUACCUUUGGAAUCUGAAAUAGCUGAAAUUUCAAUAAGCCUGUCAAAAACUGAAACACCUUUUAGGUAGACUUUCAGUACAUGUUGCUACUAGCUGGCUCCGUGCCUGUGCUGUGGUGUUUAUACAGUGCAGAGGUGGAAUUCCAGGUGCUGCAGAUUGGGAUAUAGAUGUUGAUAAGGUUUCGUUACUAGCUUUCCUUCUAGAUUUAAAAAGCUGUCUGAAUUUAAGAAAAUUUUUUUUUUUGCACACCACGAGACUUUAUAAACUACUUGUAUCCUGUUAAAGUACAAUAAAAGCCAGCGAUUAGUUUGUUUCUAGGCUUUCUGGGGUAACCCGUAUUACAGGUAUAGAGCAUCAUGAUAAGGCUCGUGAGUUUAUCUAUGCAUGGCUAUACUUUAGUCUUAAUAUACUGUAGUGCCUGGUAGAGUAACCGUAGCUAGCAGUGGAUUUGGGGGGCUAGCGGGUGUUUACAAACUAAGUACAGUUGGUUGCAUGAAACUAUUUAGACCAGGAUUAUUAGAGUACCAAAUUCUGGUCGUAACACUGCAAUAAAAAGGGGCAUUAGAAAAUUCUUAACAAAUCAUAGUUCUUUGCCAAUAAACUUAGUGUAAACCCAGUGUGCUCCUUUUCAGUACAAUUACCUAAUCUGCAAAGCCAUAUUUCUAGAAUAGCGGUAUGACGAUGUAAUGUCACAAGAAAUACCAGUGGUUGGGACAGCAGGCAUGUCGUCGGUGCCUUGUCUCAACUUGGGAGUCAAUAACAGAGUAGGCUUAAGUGCAAUUGAUUGAACAAUAAGUGAAGAUCCUGUAGCUGGUGUUGCUCUGCUGAACUCUUUUUAAGAACUCCAAUUUGUGCAGCUCUCAAAUAAAUGUUGAUGGGGCUAAUUGGUCGGGGGUUGGCGUAGCGAGUUGUAAUUACAGGGGGAGAUGCCCUGUGAACAAAAAGGAAAUAAGUAUUCAAAAUGGGCGUGCUACUGUGCAAAUUGAGCUGUUCCUUAAAAACUGAAGCAGAAGAGCUCGGAACAAAGGCCUAGUAUACGUAUAUACUGUACUGCAUGCUAUAUGGUAAUAGCUGUGUAUUACAAAGACCUUUCACCAUACUGGUACUAUUUCAAUUAAUAUCUUUUGGUAUUGAAAUAAUUUGAUUACCUCAAUUAUUUUUUUGUUUUUGGUUUUUAACUGUGACUUUAAAACAGAAAAAAUACCGAAAUAGUGAAACUGUGACAAUGGUAUCCUUUAAACAUAGUAGUGCCUUGCAGAUGACACCAUUUAUUCACAAAGCAUAAAAUAAAUGGAUGUCAUGGGUUGUAUUGCUUGCACCCUCUUUUUUUUUUAAAGGAAAAACGGUUUUGGUGAAAGGACUUAGAAUUAACCUAGUGAAGAAUAUUAGCACAAAUGGUUAAACUAUUUCAAAGAAAACUCUUUGAGGACUAAAAUGUGUAAAUGCCUGAUGCUGCUGAUAGUUUAAUAGCAGUUGCUGAUUAUUUUGGAGUUACUUCUAACAAUCAGCAGCACCUUUUUUUUAGGAGAAGAGCGUAACUUUUGUACUCUGGUCAGAGAUGUUUAUACUGUAUCAAACCCCAUCUGUAGGGUAAUCUGGUUUCCUCACUCUUUUGAAGUCGAGGUGAGGAUUGAGAUACUUCUAAGGAUCUAGUUUUGCAAAUUUUUUUUAGCUACUGUAAAACUAAAAAAAAAAAGCACCCUUUCUAAACGACAAAUGUUUGGAUACAGCAAAAGUGCCAUUACACUGUUCCUUUAUCUUUUACUGUAUUUUGAAAAUUGGUAACAGUAACUUUGUGUCUGGGCAUUUCUGAUAUUGUGAAGAAGUGCUGAGAGUCCUCAAGGGGUUUACAUGCUUUGCUGACCUUAUUGUUAGCAGCUUGUGGUGGUGGUUUUUUUUUUUCCUCACCGAGAAUGAGUGUGAUCAGAAGUUACUGAAGUUAUAGGGAGAAAAAUGUGAUAAACUUAGGAGAGGAACGUUUGCAACUUGAACUGCGCUGCAGUCUCGGAGUAUUUUAUAUUAAGCUGUGCAAUUUGGUAUUAGUCCAAUUUUACACUUUGCAAUUAACAAAAGUGAUUGCAGGGAGGAUUUAAGUUGCAUGUAAAAGUUCCCUAAUAAGUUUUUUUAAUUAUUGUUUUUUAAUUGAAACUUUUCUGAAUUUGCACAGAUUUAAGCUCUGGAAUACUUUGGUAUUCUUAAAAGGGAAAAGUUGUAACUAGUAUAGUGAAUUGUAAACUGUGAGUUGUUAGAACCGCAUUGUUGAUCUAAUUUUAGAUUGUUUAAAAAUGUACCUCAGAGAGCUAGUGAGAAAUUGCUUCAUUUUUACACAACGGUCAGAUACUAAUGUAACACUUCUCACUUUACAAUGUGCCAAAAUUCACUUUUAUACUAGUUUGCAAUGCUUUAAUAUUUGCAACUGUAAGUUAAAAACUUAUAUUUACAAACACUACUGUAACUUCAGUUAAACUGAAUUGUGUGAUUGAAGCUUUUAGCCUGUUGUAUUUAUUACACAACUUGAUUCAGUAAAUAUAAAUUUACCUUUCCAUUUAUUUUUGUAUUGUUUUACAUGUUUAUACCUGCAGUUCGUGUGACUUUUACACCUGUAACUCAGAUGUGAUGGAAAGAAUCAAUAAACAGUAUCCAUCUGC